GGAAUUUUCCCUCAGUCCCUUAGAGGAGUUUACACUUUUUAAAGCAGAUUCUAAUUUGCCUUCAUUCCCUCUCUGGCCUUUGUAACAUUAGCUUUGCCAGGGCUCCCUUUCUGAGGGUUCCAGCUUCCGGAUUUGCAGUGCAGAAAUCUGGCUUUCAGAUGGGGGUCGGCCAGCAGUGUUCUGCCACUUGUACCAAAGGGUCACAUUCGGAGACCUUUCCUUUGUCCAGAAGGCAUGUAGGGCCAGAUCCUCUGGAACAUGGUCAGAGCUUUGUAUUCUUCCUGCCCUCUGCACAGGCUCCCAGGAGCUACCUGACCGCUCUGCUGGUAUUAUGCAUAUUUCCAAAGACCUGUGGAAUGAGUGUGGCUGUGGAUUCUAAACCCAAUAUUUUACUGAUAAUGGCAGAUGAUCUUGGCAUUGGAGACAUAGGUUGCUAUGGUAACAAUACCAUAAGGACCCCUAAUAUUGACCAGCUGGCCAAGGAAGGGGUAAAACUUACUCAGCACAUUGCUGCAGCUCCACUUUGUACCCCAAGCAGAGCAGCUUUCCUGACUGGCAGAUACCCCAUCAGAUCAGGCAUGGCUUCCAGUAAUGGGUAUCGUGCCCUGCAGUGGAAUGCUGGGUCAGGAGGACUUCCUGUAAAUGAAACCACUUUUGCCAAGGUGCUGCGUCAGCAGGGUUACACCACGGGACUUAUAGGGAAGUGGCAUCAGGGUAUGAACUGUGAAGCCCUCAAUGAUCACUGCCACCACCCUUCAAACCAUGGUUUUGAUUAUUUUUAUGGCAUGCCUUUUACUCUUCUAAACAACUGUCAGAAAAACAAACCUCCUGAGUUGGAUGCAGCCCUUCAAGCCAAACUUUGGCUUUACACUCAAAUAAUUGCCCUUGCUGUGCUCACAGUUAUCAUUGGAAAGCUUACUGGCUUGAUCUCUGCCAGCUGGAAAAUAGUUGCCUGCUUUGCCUUAGCUGGCUCUCUUUUUUUCACUUCCUGGUACUCCAGUUAUGGAUUUGUGCAAUAUUGGAACUGCAUCCUGAUGAGGAACUAUGACAUUACUGAACAACCUAUGAAGUUGGAAAGGACGACUGCCCUUAUGCUUAAAGAAGCAGUUUCAUUUAUUGAAAGAAACAAGCAUGGACCAUUCCUCCUCUUCGUUUCCUUUUUACAUGUUCACACACCCCUUUUCACCACGGAGAAAUUUCUUGGGAAGAGCAGACAUGGUUUAUAUGGAGACAAUGUAGAAGAAAUGGAUUGGUUGGUGGGCAAAAUUCUUGAUGCUAUUGAAAAGGAAGAUUUGAAAAACAACACAUUCACAUAUUUUGCCUCUGACCAUGGAGGACAAUUGGAGGCUCAAGAAGGAAAAACUCAGCUAGGUGGCUGGAAUGGCAUAUAUAAAGGUGGAAAAGGCAUGGGAGGCUGGGAAGGAGGCAUCCGUGUGCCAGGGAUACUUCGGUGGCCAGGAGUCUUUCCUGCUGACACAGUUAUUGAUGAACCUACAAGCCUUAUGGACAUUUAUCCCACAGUGGCUCACCUGGGUGGAGGGAUAGUGCCCCAGGACAGGGUAGUUGACGGCCGGAACCUGAUGCCUUUACUACAAGGAAAAGUUCAACAGUCAGAGCACGAGUUCAUGUUUCACUACUGUGGGUCAUACUUACAUGCAGUGCGAUGGCACCAAAAGGACAGUGGUGCACUGUGGAAGGCUCAUUAUGUGACCCCGAUAUUCCAUCCAGAGGGUGCUGGAGCGUGUUAUGGAAGAGGAAUUUGCCCAUGUUUUGGGGAAGGUGUAACCCAUCAUGACCCCCCUUUACUCUUUGAUCUUUCGAGAGACCCGUCUGAGGCCAAACCUCUAUCACCUGGCAUUGAGCCCCUGUUUGACACAGUAAUAAGCAGAAUAGCAAGAGCUGUUCAGGAGCAUCGCCAGACACUGACUCCAGUCCCACAGCAGCUCUCUUUGUAUAACAUUAUGUGGAAGCCCUGGCUGCAGCCGUGCUGUGGGACAUUCCCGUUUUGCUGGUGUGAUAAAGAAGGUGACAGUGCACAUCUUGCUCUGUAAAAUAGGCGGUGGUUCAUAAAACCCUGCAACUGUGAAUGCUCUGCUACAGUCAACGUGUAAUAACAUCAUUUCUGAAAAAUCAUGUCUCCUUUGGGCCAAAUUAUACCUUAAAUAUGCCAUUCUACUGCCCUCUCUCUCUCUGGGGAGCAAAGAGGCUGUAAGUGGGGACAAGGGGGUUAUGAAAGUGCUUUCUCCCAUUCACUCUCCACUACUAGCUAGGUGCAUAAAGUGAACUCCAUGUACACAAAGAAUAGGACCUGGAGAGACUGUGCCUUCCAAUAUGAAUUUAGGAGCCCCACUUUAGGCACCUAGGUCUGAAUAUUUUGGCCAUAAGACAUCCAGAUACAGUGGCAUCUGUGUUACAAUUACUUCCUUUUCCCAGCACAUCACUGCCUCACAGAGCUAUAACUCCAUUCUCUGUUGGGCAUUUAGCUAUAGAUAAAUCUUUGAAACUGUCAGAGUCAUAUACACAAGAAAAAGUGAAAUUGGCUUAGGAAAGAACCAACUGCAAUUUUUCAACAGCUUUUGAACAAACUGCAGCUUUAACUGGAUAAUAGUAAAGUAAAUGAUCAUGCAUGCCAGAAAGCAGAAUAUUGCUCUUAAAGAUUUUAUUUUAUUGUCAUUUGCACAAUUGUUACUAAAAGUAGCUUUUGGUUGGUGAGCAAAAGGUCACCUGCCUGUUAUAGUUUGUAACUGGCAGUUUUACUCAUAAAUGAUGCUAAUAAAAAUGUAUAAAAUAAAUAAACUUACUUUAUAUGUUUACCAUCAUCUUGAGUAAAGAAGUAUAGUGAUCAUUGGUGGGAUGUACCACUUAAAUUAACGAACAAGAAAAAAAAUCAUAGUUUGGAGAAAUCUAUGUAAUUUAAUAUAAUCAGCAAAUAUCUAAGUGAAAGAGGUGCUGCUCAGUAAAGGAUUCAGAAAUACUUGGUCAAUUUCAUCCUUGGUGUAACUCCACUCAGAUUCACCAGGAGAAAUUUGACCCAUGGGUUAAGCACCCUGUAGCCCUGAGGAUUAAUCUGUUGGUCUGUAUAAAAUGUCUUUUUGAUAAAAGUGUGUAGGCUGCAUAGAUUAAUAGAAUUUGCAAUAAGCUGUAAUGCAAGAUACCUAGAAGCUUCUAGGCCAGACAUCCUGGCCUUUCUCCUCUGUGAUGCUGAGCCAAAGCAACCU